GGGCCGGCAGGGCUGGGUAGCGACGGACCCGGUCAAGGGGCCUGCCUUUCGGUAGUGGCCGCUUGAGGGCCCCGACCUGCUACUACUCCAGGCCCGGGCCCCAGACGCCAGAGCCACACUGGACGAACUUGGCUCAGAACUCACGUGCCGGUGGAUGGGGCGCGGCCAGUUCCGCAGGUGGCUCUGACUGCCCAUGGUUUCUCGUGAGAGGCGGGCAUGCUUCGAUUUACCUCUCCCGGUGUUAGCCUAGUGCUUCCCGCACCUCCGAUGUCAACCCUCCUAGCGCCCCUCCACCCACAGGUGUCUUUCAGGUUGCAGAAAAGAUGGAAAAAAGGACAUGUGCCCUCUGCCCCAAAGAUGUCGAGUAUAAUAUCCUGUACUUUGCACAAUCAGAGAAUAUAGCUGCCCAUGAAAAUUGUUUGCUGUAUUCUUCAGGACUUGUGGAAUGUGAGGAUCAUGAUCCACUUAAUCUUGAUAGAAAUUUUGAUGUGGAAUCGGUAAAGAAAGAAAUCCAGAGAGGAAGGAAGUUGAAAUGCACAUUUUGUCGUAAAAGAGGAGCCACCGUGGGAUGUGAUUUAAAAGCCUGUAACAAGAAUUACCACUUUUUCUGUGCCAAGAAGGACCAUGCAGUUCCAAAGUCUGAUGGAGCUCGAGGAAUUUAUAAACUGUUUUGCCAACAACAUGCUCAAUUCCCGAUCAUCACUCAAAGUGCUAAAUUUUCAGGAGUUAAAGGAAAAAGAGGAAGGAAGAAACACUUCACAGUCAAUCACAUACAGCCACCCGAAACAAUGACACAUAAUAGAUUCGUAAGACACGUGAAAGAAGAGCAUGGCAAACGCACAGAUGCAACUGUGAAAGUUCCUUUUCUUAAGAAAUGCAAGGAAGCAGGACUUCUUACAUACUUACUUGAAGAAAUAUUAGACAAAGUUCAUUCAAUUCCAGAAAAACUCAUGGAUGAGACUACUUCAGAAGCAGACUAUGAAGAAAUCGGGAGUGCACUUUUUGAAUGCAGAUUGUUCGAAGACACAUUUGAAAAUUUUCAAGCAGCAAUAGAGAAAAAAAUUGACACAUCUCAACAAAGGCGGCAGCAGUUGAAGGAAGAGAUUGAGCUACUUCAUGACUUAAAACAAACCUUGUGCUCUCUUCAAGAAAGUAGAGAGCCUAUGUCAAGUUCUACAUCAAUAUCGUCCCUGUCGUCUUAGGGAUUACCAUUUCCUAAGCCAGGAGUCAGGCCAAAUUUCACUCAGGCUCAAAACCAGAGAGCAGGCUGUGAAGUCCACACAUCUGCAGAACUGGUCCUCUCUUCUCGGCCCGGCAGCGCUCCCGUUCUUGCUGGCUGACAUUUCGAUCACUCUUCCCGUGUUCUGCACACUCUUACUUGCGUUUUCCACUCGCUAUCACGUUCCCAGAACCUAGUAUGCUCAGUAAAUGUUUGUGAAAUAAGUGCGUAAAUGUGCUUCACCUUGGAGUCUAGUUACAGCCCACGACGCCUCUUAGAUAUAAUAAAUUUGGAUACAGUA